AUGAGUCACUCUCAGGACUCCGACCUCGAGAGACAGGAGCCUCACACCUUCAAGAGCGCCCUGACAUCCAUCCUCACCGUCAAGGAUGGCGAGGUCUACGAGACUCAUCCUGACAAGAAUCCCAAGUGGUACCAGAAGCUGCUUGACAUCGGCGUCGAAGAGAAUGGCAUCAAGCCAGUACCGCUUGAGCAGCGGACGUGUACGCAGUACAACAACUUGUUCACGUAUCCCAACCGGCAUGCUCGCCACGUUGGGCAUGGGCAUGAACUUGAGAGACGCCUCUCUCGUCAUCGUUUUCUUUGCCAUGUUGACUUGCAUUCCGCCUGCCUUUAUGGUGAUUGGUGGCAUGGAGACUGGGCUAAGGCAGUUGAUUCAAGCGAGAUAUUCCUUUGGCCGCUACCUCGUCACCAUUCCCCUUCUCCUCAACGCUGCCACUCUAACUGGCUUUUCCUUGCUCUCAGCCGUGGUGGGCGGCCAAACCCUCGCCUCUCUCAACCCAGAUCAACUUUCGGUCAACAUCGGUAUUAUCAUCACCUGUCUUGUCUCCUUUGCCGUCUCCCUCUUUGGCUUCAAGGCAGUCCACUUCUGGGAAAGAUGGACCUGGAUCCCCAACCUCAUCGCCAUUGCCAUUGCCUUGGGCUGUGGCGGCAAGUAUCUUCACCUGCAGACAAACAACCCACCGGCAACCGCUUCUCAGGUCAUGACGUUGGGUGCUCUGAUCGCGGGGUAUUUCAUUACAUUUGGAGGCACGGUGUCAGAUUACAGCAUCUACCACAAACCAAACGUUGUGUCUCGGUAAGCCUCCCCCUUUUCUUCUCUAUCCAGACAACAUUCCGCGUCUUCGCCUACACCUACUUCGGCCUCCUCCUCCCGUCGGUCCCCCUUCUCAUCCUCGGCGCCGCGAUAGGAGGCUGCACCCCCAACAUACCCUCCUGGUCCGCCGCCUACGCCACCACAGGAAUAGGAGGCAUCUUGUACCAAAUGCUCGUCUCCGUCCUCGGCAACUUUGGGAAAUUCAUCCUCGUCCUUUUGGCCCUCUCCGUCAUAGGAAACAUUGCCAUCUCGAUGUACUCCAUCAGCGUCAACCUCCAGCAGCUCCUGCCGUUUUUCGCACAAGUUCAUCGGUUUUUCUUUAUUUUUGUGGCCAUGGGACUGUUAAUUCCGUUUGCGAUCAAGGCGGCUGAGGCGUGGGAGGAAAGUUUGACGAACUUCCUCGCGGUGAUUGGGUAUUGGGCUGGGUGUUUUGAUGCGGUUGUCAUAACAGAAUUGGUGGUGUUUAGAAAGGGGGAUUAUAGCAGUCAUGAUCACAAGAUCUGGAAUGUUGGACGGAAAUUACCGCCGGGGGUGGCGGCGCUGGGAGCGAGUUUGUUGAGUUUGGGAUUGGUGGUUCCGGGAAUGGCGGCGCCGUGGUAUACGGGCCCGUUGGCGAAGGUUACGGGGGAUAUUGGGUUUGAGAGCGCUUUUGUCGUGACGGGGUUGGGGUAUUUGGUUUUGAGGUGGGUUGAGAUCAAGGUGGUGGGACAUGUUUGA